AGUUUAAUUUAAAUAUAAAAGAGGAAAUCGGGCUAAGGGACAUAUGUAUAUUUUUGAUUCGUCUUUACGUGAAAGCGUGGUUUGGGGCUCCAAAUGCUGCAACAGCACCAUACCAAGAUUUUAAUUUUAUUAAAGAUGUAUAUAACUAUUAUGACUCCGAUGUUUCAAAAACAAUUCUAAAAAAAUUCUGUGGACAUUUAUGGUAUUUGUCUGAUGAAGCAAUAGGUUUUUCAUUUUUUGAUAAAAAUGUAUCUGCCGAUUUAAAAAAAAAGAUGGUUAAAGCUUUAACUUCAAACGAUGGCUCAGAUGAAAUAGUAAAAAAAAUAUCAAUUAAACCUCAUGAAGUUUCAUCUUUAGUUACAAAAGAUUUUAGUCAUUUUGUAACGAAAAAUACAAAAAUAUUUUUUGAACGUUUCGGUAUUGACACACAUUUUUUAAAUGAUGAACCAGAUGAAUGGAUUAACAACACUGCGUAUAAUGAUGGAGCAAAUACUGUAGCCCAUAUUAAUGUUGUUAAUGAUACGGCAGAAAGAGGAGUAAAGCUAAUUGAAGAAUAUAACAGCAUUUUAACUAAAGAUGAAGAACAAAAACAGUACCUACUACAAAUUGUAAAAAAUUAUAAAAUUAAGUAUCCUGACGGUAACAAAUCGACACUACAAUAA